UUACUCGACUUGUACGCCUAUCUAAUGCGCGGUUCCACAGAGCGUAGCAUAGCAUAGCAUAAUGUGUAAACGCGCGAUGUUCAAAAAGUAGUCUGGUUUGUUGUACCGUUUUGUCAGCCAUGGACAGACGAAGCGCUGUGAAUACGUCUGUGACACAUCACACAACACAUCGACGAAGUAAGAGUUAUGGUCGAACCUUUGACGCAACAUCGCGCUUCUGCUACACUCCUGGGCAGCUGACCAUCACGAGAAUACCAACUAGCAGAGAAGCAGCCAAAGCUCAUAAAAUAACUGAAAAAGUUGACCCUGAACAGGUGGCCCUUCUGGUAAAAAAGGAAUGGAAGCUGUCCCACCUCACACCUUUAUAUCAGUUUAGAUAUACACUCUUGAACGUCUACGCCAAGCAUCUAUCUGCCUUUUUAGUAGCUGAGAAACAACAAGGCACAGCAGUUGAAGUCGGACUUGAGACAGGCUUUAAAGUCACAUUCUCAACCAUCCUUGGGAUGGCAGAGACAAAAGAUGAUGCAGAGACAGUUUUCAUACAGAUUCACUCUAAGCCAGUGUUUGCUUCUGCGGGAGAUACCCCACGGGUUGUGUGGAGUGGAUGGCUGACCUGCAUCAAUGGAGACCCAGAGUACCUCCAGUCUCUUCCACCAGAGUUUGUCAGCUUGCCCUUGUUCUGCACAAGUGGUUCAGAGUCUCUGACUUUCUUGGUAAAGUUAUGGUUUGAAAGGACGUUUGACUGCAGCUUUGGCUCACUGAGCCUCGACCCCAACGAUCUACACUGGCUUGCUGCCCUGUGGACUGGUUGCCACAGUGACAACAACAUCAGGUCUCUGAAGCUGGCGUGGACACUGCCGGCUCAGCCUCCUCUCGACGUGUCGCUUGCAUUGAACGGCCAGGACGCAUGGGACCUAUGGGAGAAGGUGCGUCCAGGGGACCGUGCCGACGACUCUGUCAGCAUCGAGGAGGUGAAGUGCUUCAUAACUGGCAUCGAGUCACACUUCUUCAGGCACUUCAAGGUCCACCUGUCUGCUGGGGUCCUGAAGAGGGUCUCCACAGCCCUGGGCUCUGUUCACCUCGAUGGGAAAAUCAAGAUCACCUGCAGUGACUACAUGAUCACCGUUAUGACAUUGUUGACGGAGUGUGCCAUCCUCAAGAUGCCCACAGUAUAAACUGUAUUUUGUAUUCUAUAUGUUUGAACUGUAAAUAAAAUAUCUUUUGUUACUA